UUCAAACUGAAGAAGAGAGAAAAGAGGUGCUCUAGUAGCCAACAGUUUGUUGAUGGUCCCCCUGGACCUGUAAAGAAAACUCGUUCCAUUGGCUCCACAGCAGACCAGGGGAAUGAAUCCACAGUUGCAAAAACUACAGUGACUGUUCCCAAUGAUGGCGGGCCCAUUGAAGCUGUGUCCACUCUUGAGACUGUGCCAUAUUGCACCAGGAGCCAAAGGAAAACAGGUACUUUACAACCUUGGAACAGUGACUCCACCCUUAACAGCAGGCAACUAGAGCCAAGAACUGAGACAGACAAUGUGGGCACACCACAGAAUAAAGGAGGGAUGCGCCUGCAUGACUUUGCCUCUAAGACAGUUAUUAAACCUGAGUCCUGUGUUCCACGUGGAAAGCAGAUAAAAUUUGGCAAACUAUCUCUGAAGCGUCAAGACUGUCAUGUGGUCUCUCAUCCAGAAUGUCGGGACCGCUUUCCCAUUCCCUGCAUUCCUACCCUGAUAGGAACACCUGUCAAGAUUGGAGAGGGAAUGCUGGCAGACUUUGUGUCCCAGACUUCUCCAAUGAUCCUCUCCAUUGUUGUGAUGGUGUUAAUGAGAUUGAGCAGAGAGGUCUGACUGAGACAGGCCUGUAUAGGAUCUCUGGCUGUGACUGCACAGUAAAAGAGCUGAAAGAGAAAUUCCUCAGAGUGAAAACUGUACCCUUCCUCAGCAAAGUGGAUGAUAUCCAUGCUAUCUGUAGCCUUCUAAAAGACUUUCUUUGAAACCUCAAAGAACCUCUUCUGACCUUUCGCCUAAACAAAGCCUUUAUGGAAGCAGCAGAAAUCACAGAUGAAGACAACAGCAUAGCUGCCAUGUACCAGGCUGUUGGUGAACUGCCCCAGGCCAACAGGGACACAUUAGCUUUCCUCAUGAUUCACUUGUAACAGUGGCACAGAGUCCACAUACUAAAAUGGAUUUUGCCAAUCUGGCUAAAGUUUUUAGCCCUACAAUAGUGGCCCAUGCUGUGCCCAAUCCAGACCCAGUGACAAUGUUACAGGACAUCAAGCGUCAACCCAAGGUGGUUGAGCGCCUGCUUUCCUUGUCCCUGGAGUAUUGGAGUCAGUUCAUGAUGGUAGAACAACAGAACACUGACCCCCUACAUGUCAUUGAAAACUCAAAUGCCUUUUCAACGCCACAGACACCAGAUAUUCAAGUGAGUUUACAGGGACCUGUGACCACUCCUGAACAUCAGCUUCUCAAGACUCCUUCAUCUAGUUCUCUGUCACAGAGAGUUCGUUCCACCCUCACCAAGAACACUCCCAGAUUUAGGAGCAAAAGCAAGUCUGCCACCAACCUAGGAUGACAAGGCAAAUUUUUUGCUUCUCCAAUGCUCAAGUGAAGUCACAUCUGUCUAUUACUCCCCAGCACUGACCAACUGUAAGAAAGGACACACCUGUACUCUCUGCUCUACAGCUUCCUGUACUCAUUAAUACUUUUAGCAUUCUCCAGGCUUUGAAUCAAGUAUAAUUGUGCAUGAGGUUUUAUUAAAACUCUAUGUAUCUCCCCUUCCUUCUCCUCAAGUCACAUAAUAUUAGUACCCUAUGCUGGUCAUUGUUGGGAUCUUUUAGAUGAGAGAUCUUUCCAGGGAUAGAAGGGUUAGUAUGGAAUUGGUUGUGAUUCUUUUUGGGGAAGGGGGUUAUUAUCCCUUUGGCUUAAAGCCA